AUGAACUCUUUUGCCAAAGAAGUCUCGAGCCCGUGGUUGCGGUACAUGCCCGCCUGCGCCAGUGCCUGGGAGAAGCUGCAGCAGCAGCAGCAGCAGCAGCAGCAGCGGCAGCAGCAGUGGCAGCAGCAGCAGCAGCAGCAGCAGCAGCAGCAGCAGCAGCAGCAGCAGCAAAAGGGGAGGGGACAAAUAAAGUGGAUUAAUGAUCAAAAUAAUGAAAGUUGA